AUGCCUUUUAAGAGAUACGUGGAGAUCAGGAGGGUAGCUCUCGUUAACUAUGGUAAAGACUACGGGAAGCUCAAUGUCUUCAUUGACGUUAUCGAUCAGAACCGAGCUAUGAUUGGGACCCCUAAUAUGGUUAGGAGCCAAAUGAACUUCAAGAGGUAUUAUAAAAUGGUGUUUGCAGAGGGUAAGGAAAACUUUAAAAUAGCAUCUUCAAGUCAGUCAGUCGAAGAGGUUUCAAAACAAAAACAGAAUGUUCAACAAAGAUCCAGAUCAAUCCAUGACUCAGAAUCUUUACAGACUGAUGAAGUAGAAGCAGAAACCCACCCAUUGCCCCCAUUUGAUCCUAGUAAAAUUGAGAUUAGAACAAUUGAUCUUGAUGAUUUAUUGAAUAGUUGGAAAUCAUUACCUAAUCAUGCCCAGGCGCAGUUCGAGGAAAAGUAUAGGAAGAUUGCCUCUUUGACACCGGUCAACUCCUGCACUGAAGGCCAUUUUAUCUACUUGGAAUCCUAG